AACCAUGGAAGAGAGGGUGGGACUUGGUCUGACAAGGAGUCAGGCACAGCGAAUGAGUGUGAAGGAGAGGUAUUCCUAUCCCAGAAUGCCCUUGCAUCAGUGCCGAGAGCCUGGAGAGACAGAGAGGGAGAGUGAAGGUGGAAUAAGCAGACAGCAAGUGCUGAGGAUAGUAAAAAGAAGCAGAGAGUAGGGAAUAGGGUACCAAAAAAAAAAAAAAAAAAAAAAAAAAAAGAAAGCUUGAUAAUUUAGGCAAAACAUGUUCAAAGGCUCAGGAAAGAGCUGAAAAAAAAAACUAAUCUGCUAUUUUUUUCUACUCAACUGAAACACCAGAGACCACUUAUUUUCUUUUUCAAACACCCUCCUCUUGCACGGAUUCUCCUUCCUCGGAUUGCCUCCACCUGCUCUUCCUCCUGUUCUCCUCUCUCCAGCUGCUGACAGACAGUACCACCAUGGAAACUGGAAGCCCUAGAAAAAUUCAGUUCACUGUCCCCUUACUGGACACCCACCUGGACCCAGAGGCAGCUGAACAGAUUAGAAGACGCAGACCCACACCUGCCACCUUGGUGGCGUCCAGUGAUCAAUCCUCACCAGAAAUUGAUGAAGAUCGUCUACCGAACCAACUGUACAAGGCGGCUUUAUUGAAUUCUCCCCGACAGCGGCGAAAAGGGCCAAAAGGAACACCUACAAUGAAAGAGCUGCAGUUUCUGGUUGAGCACCACCUUUACCUACAACAGCAAGGCGCCGGGGACGAGUGCUCCUCAGAGAGCUGCUUGUCCGAUCGGCCCAGCCCCGACUCUGUUCCCACCGGGGAGGAGCUCCCACACGACGAUGAAGCCACUGCUGAGGCCUUCGAAAAACUGCGCUGCCAAAUGGAGGCAGAAUUCUCGCGGGAGAGUCUAUUAGAGGCUGCAGGUGGCCUGGAGUGCCCCCUCUCCAAGGAGCAAGCAGAUUGUUCCAGUGGUGCCAAUGUAGCAGAUUGCUCGUCGCAACAUAACAACUCAAAAUCAGACACAAAAGCGGCAGCAUCCAGUGAGAGUCAGCAGGCAGAGGAGAAGACAAAGAAAUAGACCGGCCUUUUCUACAACAAAAUGCUGCUCAGUCUGCUCCGCCAGCUCAACACAAUGACAGAAGAUUGUGUCUGCAGAUUCACUUUUUAGAAACGUCAGGGCAUCUACUGUACAAAUAUUCCUCUAUAGUCAGGCCUUAGUUAUUAGAAUAGCAAGGGUUUCUUCUCUUAUUUUGUGUACAGAAGCUGAAAGGACGGGAUAGUUCUUUUAUUCUACCAGAUUUGUUUUCUAUAGUUUUCCCUGCACUAUACCCAACGAGCCUGUGAUGGGACGAGAUUAUGACUCGUUUCACAGUCAACAUCAUGUAACAUCAGCCAGCCAUUCACUUCACGAUGAUGCGUUAUGAAUGUGCGUUUGGUCACGGCCGUACAGAAACACACGUCGUACUGCAGUGUGUGC